CCCUUGUCUGUAACAUAAUCAGCACAGACAAAGUUCAUUGUAAACACAUUGUUAUCAUAUUAUUAUGAAAAUAGAAAUCUACAGAAUAAUAACAAGUUUACCUUCAUGUCACCAUAUUCUUAUUAUUGCUCUUGUGAUCAACUUGAUGCAUCACUGGUAGAUCACUGUGAGCCUCGGGGGCAGCUGGCCAAACAGCCUGUAGGCACAGGAGAUCGAUCACUCCAUUGUGAAUCAUUGUUUUAUCCAAUUCCGUCCUCCUUUUGUAGCAGACAAGGGGCAAAAGGUACUCACGUUUUGUACUUUUUAUGGUUCCAUAUGGAUGGCACUUAAAUAUGAGUGCCAGUCAAUAAAGGUAUUUAUUCCCCUAGGCUACUUGGCCUUUACAGUCUAAGGUUGUUGUUAUAGGUUAUAUGGGAAAUUACACUUGAUUACAUUAAUAAAUAAAAGAGGUCUACUUGAGUAGUUUAAAAUGUACUGUUUCACCCAGGUUUUACAUCUGUUACUCUCUCUUUCUUGGUGAAUUAUAUUUAUUUUUAACCUCCACCCUUGUCACCAUUCAUCCCCACAUCAAAUGCUGUGUUCCUUUUCUUGUCUUUUUUAGUUUUACCCUCAAAUAGUUUUCCUAAAAGCCUCCUUCCUGAACUAAAAGCUAAUCCCCCAGUAUCCCUGAUCCACAAUCUAACAUGCUUUCCAUUCAUGGUUUUAGGAAAACUUCCCUUACAUCUCAAUCUGUUCCUUGAUAGUUAUUACUUGAAGAUUUUUCCAGAAAGUUGCCAUCUGUGUUAUGCCUUACCUGCCUUUCUACUGUCCCUAAGCACCGUGCCAGAAACCUGAACCUUACCACCGACCUUCCAGUCAGUCUACAGAACAAUGACCUAUCUAACUCCACUGCUUUUAGCCUUCGAUCUGCUCUGUCGUGAAGGGUGACGGCAGAGCCAUCAGGCAGGACAGCAUUUUUACAGGCGCAGCAAAUGAAGUGUGGUGAUGUUUUUUCUUUUCUUUGUCUAUUUUUGGCCUUUUUCUCUUGUCAUUAUUUCUCUAUUUUUUUCCCUUUGAACUUUUCUGGAAGAGGACAUAUUUCUUUUCACCUCCUCGUUCCAACAUACAGCUGGAUUAUGUUCACUCAGAACAUUUUGCAUCUUAGCACAAAACAGUGCUUCCAUAGUGGCCAUCUUUUCUUCAGGAUGCCGCUCUCUCUCACCUAUUAACCCUUUAAUUCUGUGCCCAUUUUUCACACGUUUGACAAUCAGAUAAUUAAUAAUGGAGCUAGUUCCUCUAUCAUUUCAGUCUAGCCCCAUCGCCUAAAAAAAAUUUCUUACUUCCUGCAAGAUUGUCCACAUUAAAACAACUCACAAACUCAUUUUAAUGUCACCCACAGAGGAUGCUUUCAAUGUACGACUGCAAAGCUGCUUGUGCUGUGAGCCAUGUUGCAAAUGCAUUGCAUGCUGCAUGAAAGUCGGAUGCGCAAGACGUUUUUGAGGAAAUAGAUAUUUUAAAAAAGGAGAGGCAUGUAAUCGGUAUGUGGGGGGGGCAUGGUGUGCUGCAUGUCUGGGUUGUUACCGUCUUUGGUCACCAAACAUACACAAAUUCCAGUUUGUCAUCUGUGAGUUGGUGUGUGUCUUUGUAUCAACUGUUACUAAUAUAAACCAACAAGACCUGUAAAGGAUCAAACCAGUAAACGAAAACAAAAUGUUCCUGUCUUUCAGGAUGGUUCCUCGGUUGUUUUUGGUUUACUGGUUUAUCAUCUGGUCUGUUUUACUGUGAACCUCCAUGCCCCCAGGGGGAGCUCUGGAUUAUAGUAGCUGCUGCUCAGCCUGUCCUCCUGUUUUUUUCAGGGAAGAAUGAAGAUUGUAAAUUGAACCAACCUGUGAGGACUUUUGGAAAUCAAAAAACAUAGACGGUUAACUGUUAGGAAAUAACUGAAUAUAAACUCUGGGACAAAUCUAAAAAAAGAGUGUCUUUAUUAAUCACCUUGGUACUCACUAGUUCUUUAAUAUCACAAAAAAAGAAUGAAGUCUGUGAUUCUCUACAGAUGAAUUUGUUUUGGCGGUCUACUGAAAAAUUCAGAUAUGUGCAGUUUGACACUGUAGAUGAGUAGAAACCAGUUCUUACAGAGACUUCUCCGAAUGGACCUGCCUGUGGCUGAUGACAAUACAGUCCACUUCAACUCCACUCUCAUGGCUUUGAUCCGCACAGCGUUGGACAUCAAGAUCGCCAAGGGUGGUAUUGACAAACACCAGAUGGAUGCCGAGCUAAGGAAAGAGAUGAUGGCAAUCUGGCCCAAUCUUUCCCAGAAGGCCCUGGACUUGCUGGUUACACCACACAAGUCAACUGACCUGACAGUAGGAAAAAUCUACGCUGCCAUGAUGAUCAUGGAGUACUACCGGCAGAGCAAGACCAAGCGCUCGCAGGCUCUUCAUGAUGAGCAGAAUCGAACGCCAUUACUGUUUCAGCGCGUGGAGCCACUUUCCGACACCCAGGAUGGAGGUCUGGGAUUCAAUGCCCUCCCUCCACCCGAGGCAACAGAAACUAUCAACACCCUCCUACCGGUGGGGGGGGGUGUCCCAGAGAGCCGUUCGUGGAUGACGGCUCGUGCUCAGGAGAUGUCCCAGAAGAUUGGCAGCUGGAGCCCUGAGGGGCUUACUGAAGAUGGCCUGGGGAGCAUGACCAACUCUCAGACGGUAGAGAUGAAAGAGAUGGGGCAGGAUGGUUACUCGGAUACUGAGAACUUUCCACCAAUGGAAGGCCAUGGCAGGGCCGCUUCCAUGCCCCGCCUCCCAGGCGACAACCAAACUAUCAGUGACAGCAGUCCCAUGAAACGCUCAGCCUCAUCACUAGGCCACAGCCAGUCUGGGCGUGGCCACAGAGACAAAGGAGGGGCAGACCACUACAACAUGGACCGUGUGAUACCCGAGGAGGGGCGAACUUCCAGACAUGGACAUCGGCGAAAAGACCGGAGUCAUCGGGCAUCUGAGAAGUCCCUCUGCCGCUACACAGAGGCUGACACAGGCCUGGGCACAGACCUGAGUACAACCACCCAGUCAGGCGACCUCACAUCCAAAGACAAGGAUCGUGACCGAGAUCGCGGCCGGUCCAAAGACCGUAAGCACCACCACCAUCAUCACCACCACCAUGGCUCUGUGGACAAGGAGCGUUAUGUAGCAGAGCGAGGGGGUGAAUAUGGACACAGACACUCCCAUGACAGAGAGCUUGAGCGGGACAGAGAGAAGGAAAGGGAUCGGCGCUGGUCUCGGUCACCCAGCGAGGGUCACGAGUGCAUGCCGCACAGACAGGGCAGUAGUUCAGUGAGUGGAAGUCCUGUUCCCUCAACAUCAGGAACCAGUACACCACGCCGAGGUCGCCGACAGUUGCCUCAGACCCCUGCAACACCCCGGCCCCAUGUUACAUACUCCCCUGUGGUCCGUAAGGCCAUGCCCACACCACCUGGUGGGCCACAGAGCAGAUCCCCAGCCCCUCGCCGCUUUUCUCCUGAGCCUCCCCAAGUCCAGGGCCCUCCACCCACUGGCCCCCAAGUGGCUCACCAUGGCACACCCCGCCAGGGUCAUCAUCCCCCGGCUCGUUGGGGAGACACAGGUGGAGGGGGUGGCUCCAUGGAGGGGGGUGGCUCCUUCUACACCCAGGACUACCAGGAAUAUGAGCGCCACCAUGAACCACCUGCCUAUGAGCAGAGCCCCAUGCAGGGUGGCAACCCCCACCCACAUGCCCUGACCAACCACCCACUGCCACCUCCCCCACAACCACAGCUACAUAACCCUCAUCCCCUCCCUCCACCACAGCCACAUCCGGUAAACAUACCCCACUCUCAUCCCCCACCCCAUCCACAGCCUAGUCGUACCUCACCUAGAACUGCUCACCUUGCGACCCCUCCCACCACUGCCCUGACUGGGCCUGUACAAAGCCAGGUGCCUGCCGCCCAGCGCCGCCUUCCCAACGGCUACCACUCUUCAUCACCUUCCACACAUCUCCAUGGACCCCCACAUCCUGGGCCUCACAAGGUCCCUCCUCCAGCUGGGCAUCCUAGGGGUCCUCGCAAGGGCCUGCAUGAACCCUACAAUGAAACAGAGGAUGACGACUGGUGCUAGUCUCUGGGGAUGGGGGAGGGUUGUAAGAGGAAAAAGAAUCGGUAGAUGUACUGGAAGAUGAAGAUGGGAAGCUCUGAGCCAGUGCACUGACCUCCAAGGGAAAACAUGACUUUUCUUUCUUGUCCAAUCACUUUUUUCCUUUCCUUCACUGCUUGGCUGGUCCCAGGGAUGGUUGGCUAAAAGAAGGGAUACAGUAGGUGUCAGAAUGAAGGGAUGGAACAAGAAUGCUGAGGCAGGAUCUGGAGAAACAAGUGACAUAAGAGAAGCUAACAAGCUACCUCCAUGUUCUGCUCGCAUUGUUGUUUCAUCAUCUCCUGAUGCCAGAUGAGGUUCACUUCAAGCUGCAGUGUUCAUGGAUACAAACAUGAUGGACAUUACUAGUCUUUGUGUGUCUUAAAUUACACCUCUGGCAAUGAGUUACAGCCACUUAUAAGAUGUCAAGAGUUGCGACUCGACAAAAGACACUUUACUGUCAGAGACAAAAGAAUGACCACUUUUUUUUUUCACUUCUCAUGGCUAACUUCAGAUAACUGCAGAAAUGAUCAAAUCCAACCCUCCCAGCCACCAGUUGAAUAUUGAUGAGUUUUAUCAUCUGUGUUUUUAAAUAAGAACAAAACUGACUAUGAGCCCCUCCACCUAUAUGAGGUGAGAAGGCUAAGUGGGUGGGAGAGUUGGUGAGAGUUGCUUAGGGUUGACAAGUUAAUUGGUCAAAAUCUAGAGGACAGGGUAGGUGUUUUGGGGAUGCUUACUCCUGUUCCUGGAGAACACCCUCCUCCAAGUAACAAACUAUUUAACCUUCCCCCACUUACAACCACCGAGAAAAGAAAAACAAAAAUGUGUAGAUGGGUUUCAGAAAAAAAAAAAACACAAUACAGAAACUGUUUUCUGCAGUAUUUCUUCUAUUCCUGCAGCUGCUUCUUCUUCCUUCUACUUCUUCAAAACAUUGAAGCUUGAAUCUUCAGUUGCACCCCUCACAGCUUCAGUUUUUACACUUACGGAGCUGUGCACCCUGUGGAAUACUGCAUGAAUAAUACUAAAAAUAAUAAUAGCAACAAUGAGAGAGAUUUUUCUCUGUCCUUUCUGUCGUGGUCUAUAGGGUUUCUCUGUUUUUUAGUGAAAAUGCCUUUCUGUUUCUCUCUCUCCCUCUCUCCUCUGUGUGACAUCCCUCUCUCUGUACCUUCAUUUACACAAAAAUUAAGUGGCAGAAGGAUAUAGGGAGACUGGAAAGUUACUGUAUGUACCAUAUAUGUAGAUGGAACAAAAUGAUAACAUUUUGCUUGCUUGUCUGUAUGUUCUGUGCCAAAUGUCUCCCACUGAUACAAGUGGAAUUGCACAUAUUUUUUGUGGAAGUAAUUUUUUGUAACUAAGGUGAUAAUUCUAAAAUGAUAAUAUCGGGAAGCAGGGUAAUGUGGAUGAAAGUGUAGUGUCCAUAUUGGUUUAGAAAUGUUCCCAACUCAGUAACAUCUCAAAGUCUUCCAGGGUUUGGGGUUAAAACAUACACAUCAGAGAGAAAGAGACUAAUAGGAAGGCAGAGGAAGGAGAGAAACUCUUUGUUUUCUUUGUUAUUGAGUGUAGUAAUGGGUAAACAGAUAUAUAAAAAUGCAUCAUGAUAAUGAGGCAGAUUCUCCAUAGCUGCUCCUAUAUUUUGUUCUGUAUGGUGGUUUUAUUUAGAGCUCAGCCAAUAAUUUUUUCUCCAACCACCGCUGCAUUGUGGGAAACCACGUUUGCAGGAGUUUAAACUAUCUGAGAUUGCUAAAAGCAGUAAAUAGGUCUUCUUUCUUGCCUGUCUUUUUUUUUUUUAAAGCUUGAAGCUAUGUAGAGUUUAAACAGUCGGUGGAGAACCCCCUUUAAAAUAUUGCCCCUUAACACAGCAGUGUCCAGUAAGUUUCCGCAUUUAAAUGGAUGUGUCAAGCAGAGUUCCACCACCACUUGUGACCUUCAGGUGGCGCUGUAUGACAAACAGUGUCUCUCUGGUUUUUGUACCUCUCCCUUUACCUCACUUCUGAUUCUGAGUUUUUAUGCAGGAUCAGGGCACCAAGAAUUUAGUUUAGCUCACUGUCUCACUAGUAUGCCACCUCAUCUGUGUUCACCAUGUGUAAACACAUGCAGCUGAGUUGCACAGUUCAGAUGGGUUGGAAAAAAGAUCUCUGGGACUUGUCAUGGUCCUGGUAAACAUCUGUAUCCCACGUGUAACACACACCACUGUCAGUCCCCCAGAAUAAUGUUUUUUUUUUUUUAUUUAUUUGUUUAAUCAUUGACCUUUGUUUUACCUGGAGACCUAUCACAAGUUUACCAGAGAAUGCACCGAACAAAUUGAAA